UCCGGAGAUGAAUCGGAGCGGAUGCAAAGUGCUUUGAAUGUAAAACAUUUGAUUCUAAAGACUCAAAUGCAUCCAUAUGAGCUUUGUGGAAUUGAAUUCUUGCUCAACAGUUGCCCAUUGCUUGAAAAACUUACAUUGGACAUAAGUCCACAAGUUAUAUUUGAGGACUAUGGACUUCCCUAUUAUAGAGACCUUGCGAGAUUUUGGCAAACGCGUCGAGUGUUUCCUCAAUGCUUGCAAAAUACUUUGAAGGUGGUAGAAGUAAUUGGAUUGAGAGCCACAAACGAAGAACUUAUGACUUGUUGCUUUCUUAUGCAAGGAAAAGUUUUGGAACAGAUUAAUAUUAAGUUGUGGAAUGAAGAUGGAAAGGUGGAAUAUCGCCAUGGACGUGCACAACUUUUAGUCAAUGCUCCAAAGCGUUCAAAGAAUUUGCGAAUAUCAAUUGAUUGACGAUAGUGUUGAAU